CUGACUAUUUCGGACUGCGUUGUUGAUAGUUGUUAUGGUGUUUACAGGCGGAGGGUCACAUCAUGGUCACCAACAAUGCACUCUCCAACAGUCUACUUGAAUUGAAUACGCUCAAUGGAUUAUCUACUGGCUAGUCAUCCCAAGACCGAAAUGCAAAGAAUUCAAGUGAGAUUUAUGACUGCAGUAGCAUGCGUACCGUUGCUGAUGAAAUGCGGCUCGGCGCGCUAAUGACGACUAUGGGGAAGCCCAUCGACUUUAACACACCUCCAGACCCAAACUCCCUCGCCGUCCCCUCAUCUUUACUAUCCAUACACAACUCUCCUCCCCAACAGCGCAUAUCACUCUGUAUUUUUUGUUGCUUUUUAACGGAGGAACUAACCGAACCAAAAGUACUUAUUGUUCGACCACCACCAUGGCGGAUAUGCCCAUUGUCCUCGAUGGAGGAACUGGUUUCCUCAAGGUCGGAUAUGCUGCGCAGAAUUUCCCAGAGCACCAGUUCCCCUCGAUAGUGGGGCGGCCCAUACUGCGAACUGAGGAACAGGCCGGCGACAUUGUCGUGAAGGAUAUCAUGUGCGGAGAUGAAGCUGCAGCUGCCAGAUCAAUGCUUCAGAUCAGCUAUCCUAACCGCGAGAAGAUGUGCGAGGUCAUGCUGGAACAAUACAACUUUGGAGGCGUAUACGUGGCCAUUCAAGCCGUACUUGCUCUAUACGCUCAGGGUCUCAGCAGCGGUGUAGUCGUCGACUCCGGUGACGGCGUUACACAUAUUAUUCCCGUCUACGAAUCCACCGUCCUCAAGCACCAUAUCCGCCGACUGGACGUCGCCGGCCGCGACGUCACCCGCAACCUGAUCGCUCUGCUCCUGCGCCGCGGCUACGCCCUCAACCGUACGGCCGAUUUCGAAACAGUGCGCCAGAUCAAGGAGAAGCUCUGCUACGUCUCGUACGACCUCGAGCUCGACAAGAAGCUCUCCGAGGAUACCACGGUUCUCGUCGAAUCCUACACACUGCCCGACGGCCGGGUCAUCCGGGUAGGCAGCGAGCGCUUCGAGGCCCCCGAGUGUCUCUUCCAACCUCACCUGGUGGACGUCGACCAGCCCGGCAUGGCCGAGCUGCUCUUCAACACUAUCCAAGGCGCCGACGUCGACGUCCGCUCAAGCUUGUACAAGGCCAUCGUCCUCAGCGGUGGAAGCAGCAUGUACCCCGGUCUGCCUUCGCGGCUGGAGAAGGAACUCAAGCAACUGUGGCUUACGCGGGUACUCCAGGGAGACCCCGAGCGACUUGAAAUUCAAAGUCCGCAUCGAAGAUCCCCCCGACGGAGACACAUGGUCUUCCUGGGCGGUGCCGUGCUCGCCAAUCUGAUCGCCGACAAGGAGGACAUGUGGGUCAGCAAGCAAGAAUGGGAAGAGCAAGGUGUCCGCGCCUUGGCCAAGCUCGGUACUAGCUAGUUGACUCGAGUCGCCUUUGCUUCGGUCUUCGUCAAUCCAGUCCCAUCUCAACCCACCUUUCCCCCUGUCACUGUCAAAGUCCCCCAUCGGACUCACUUCGUGUUGAUAUAGCCACUUUUACUCCUCUGAAAGAUUCUUCUCUGGAAGACCAGCAUGUCACAUAGGUUUCCAGGGCGUCCAGCUGCCUGCCCGUUCGACCCUUGUACGUAGUAUAGAGUAAGCAAGCGA